AUGAGACUCAGUAGUAACAAGCUGAUAGAUAUUAUAUCGAAUGACGAAAAAUAUAUUGAUUAUCUUACAUCAGAAUACCUGGAUAGCGGCAAAAUUACCAGUGAUAAGUCGAAUGGACCAAAAAGUACAAUACUGAUCCCAAGAUGUACAUUUACUGCACAACGGCUAGCAUAUGCAUCUGCAAUGGAGGUUUCAUAUAACUCAAGGGUUUUAUUACUUGGCGGUAUUCCAAAACAAUGGAUAGAUAAACAAAGUAGAAAUUCGAUCAGCUCGAUUACACACUUUGCCCUAAAGAAAGUGCGAAAAAGGACCAGACUAAUCACUACCCACAGUUACAAAUGCAUAUACCGAAAUUGUGAUAAAUCGAGAGCUAAUCUUGUAGGGAAAGUAAACGGCGACAUCAACUUCGAUGGGGAACGUGGAGUGGAAAACAAUUAUAAAUAUAAGUUGGCCACCUCCUCUUUUAAGAGCACAUUCUGUGGUCCCAGAUCUCUCAAACGAAAUAAAGAUCCAACGCAUACCGCUCUUGGUCCUAUUAAUAUAAGCUCGUCAAGCGUAAGAAGUUUUAGGGUUUCCACAACUGAAAGUGUAUCCUCAGCAAAAUUGAACUCCUGCCGGGAAACUAACAAAUCCAGUGAAACUAUAGAUGGGGGUCCUGACUCACUGCCAGCAUUUGUGACUUCUGCUUAUCUGAAGGGAAUCGAGACCAUUUCUAAGGAUCAUGUACUAAAAGAUUCUAUUAAAAAAGAACUUACGACACCACAUGAGGGAAAUAAAAGACACCAAAAAUACUGCAUGUUACUGGACAAAAAGGUCUGUGAUAAAAAAUUGUGUCAAGCAUAUUUUGAUGAGGAAAAGAGUUAUUCUAUCGCAAAUCAUGAAGUUCCCUAUUAUAAAAAGGCAUCUUCCAAUAUAUUAUGCCACAAAGAUGGAACAUACACUUCACCAACAAAGAAUGACCAAAUAAUAUCAGAGCAACUAGUAUAUUUACAUUCAGAUUCUAAAUAUGAGCCGAAUUUGGAGAAAUCUUUAGUCACAAAUAAUCCUGGAAAAAACUUCAAUGUGCUGCAGCCAAAACCUAUCAACUCAGACUCUUUAUUAUUAGGGAAACUUGAACAGAAUAAUACAUGGGAUAACGAGGCAAAAUCGAGUUAUCUAAAUGUAAACGAAUCUACUAAAAAUGCCAUAAAAAUUGAAUCACAUAGUACACAGAACCUGAAUAAGGAAAUAGAGCUUCGAUACGACCCCCAUUUGAAUGAUGAUCUAAUAUUGAUGCAAGAGAGGAUGCUUGUACUGGUAAAAGUACAGCUCAGCCAUAGGAACCUUCCACCUUUUUUUUCAGAGGCAGCAGCAGUGGAUACUAGGAUAGAAGAAAGAUGGAAAGAAUAUUUUGUGAUUGCAUAUCGUACUGGUAAUCCUGAGAAACCAUUAAUACUUGAAUUUUAUAGUACAAAAAGGAUGAUAGGAGGUAGUAUCAACAAUGUUAAUAUCAAGAGUUUCGCGCACGUUGGAGGAAUGGAUGUAAUAAUAAAUAAGAAAACCAUAAUUCAAUUUUACAACACUCUAGACAAGACAAUAUGCAUUCAAAAUUCAACGUUGAAAGAAAAUUAUUUAGCGGAGGAGGACAUAGAAGGACAUAGUAUUGAUUUUCAUCCAACGAGAUUUUAUAUUCUAAAAUGUGCUACUCUGGAGUCUACAUAUAGAUGGUAUCUCUCCCUUAAAAGAAUCCUGGGUAUCCAUGUUACCCCAGAUUAUAUUCCUUUAAGUAUUCCAGACGCCAACCUUUCUGUCAGAAUUGUAUUCCAAAAUGAUACAUUGCGAAAAUUGGAAAAGAUAGCGAAAAGUGAGACAGAAUUCCUGAAAAUUGGACUCCUUUCAAAUGGCUAUAGGAUUUUUCCAUGUCCCUUGAUAAGAUAUUUUACUGUAGCAGUAUUGCGUAUACUAAGACAAGCUGAUCUAGGGUAUCAAGUUAAAAAAUGGCAACAUCCGAAUGUUAUUCUUGGUUGUGACCUUAAGAGAUAUGAUAGACUUGAGUGGAGCCCAGGACGUGAAUCUGGUCUUCUACAAGAGUAUUUCGCCUUGUCACACACUCAUAUACCAGAACUCAGGCAACUUCAGCACUAUGCUAGGGAGAUCUCUACGACAUGGGGGAUAUUAACAGAACCGUUUCCAGUAGAGGGGUUUUUGCUGAAAAUUACGAAUAAAUAUGCGCAGGAGGAUCUGUUAUUUGGAAAACUUCGUGUCAAACCAUGCUAUUUUUUCACAGUAGAGAAUCUAUUAUUCUGUACUUCAUCGUAUAAAGCUGUGCCGAUUCUACCAGAAGAAGUGCCAAUUGAUCUGUCUGGAAUUGUAACGAAUAUGCAGGAUUAUGAAACUAUUCUCAAUAACAUGCAGAAUAUUUUCGAGGAAGAUCCGUAUCCCUUAGAUGCCAAUAAUCAUAUUAGCUGGUUAACCAGUGAGUUUAACAAUGAUAACUUUAAGAGCAACGACUUGCGCGCCUUCAAAGGCUUUAAUCGGAGAAUUUGUCAAAUACUAAAUAGUGACAAUGUGGUUGAUAUAACAAAAAUUGUAGAAGUGAGACAGGGGUGCACGAAGGACUUAACCAAAGAUGAACUGAAAAAUACUAUUCUUAGUGUAAUUAGUUUUACCUUUUGGGGAAAGCAUGUUAAUAAUGAAGAAAUUGCGAAAUCAUGCAUAUAUAUCACUACUGAAAAUAAUCUGACGAUGAAACUGCUAGCACCAGACCCAUCCGUUGCAAGUGAGUGGGUUCAGAGGUUAGAAGCCAUGAAAAAGUAUUGGCAGCAAAGACAGGGGUACGAUAUCACAUACAUGUGGGACUUGAAGUUGAAAAAUAUCGAUGAGCUAAAAAUUUCAGAUUUUGAAGAAUCGAAUAUAGCAGAAAGUUCACCUAAAUGGAUUGCUGACAUGGCCACUGCCAACACCAAGCUUUUUAAUAUUAAUGGGCUUUCUUUGCUGACGCCACUAAUGCAGAAAGGGCUGUUGUUUCUAAAGCCCAGGAAACAUACAGUCUUUACAAAACACUAUGUCAUCCUUGUUCCAGGAUUUCUUAUAGUGUUCAAUUGCUUUCAGAGAUCACUGACGGGCUUUGCCAAAAAGACUGUGUAUUAUGAACAUUCCAAAACCAUAUCAGUUAGCGAAGCGUACCUGUACUCCGGAGCAAUAACCGAAUUGGAUCUUUUAAAAAGAGGCCAAACCUUUGAUGAUUUAAAUCCGGGCAAUCAAACACUUUCAAGAGUAUACGCAGAUGGCUGGAGGUCAUCUGAGAACGAAACAUCCAGAUGUUUCACGCUUUGGUUUAGAUGUAAAAAGGAAUUGUCAAAGCAUUUAUACGGUGAACGAGACAACUUAUUUUCACCAGGGGAGGCUCCAUGCUCUGGCGCUGUCAAUUAUGAUGUUUCUACAGCCGAUCAACCUCAAGAACAGAACCCACCGCUCAAGCUCAAUGGUUUAAAUAUAAAAGCGAAUAGAAUAGUAUUUAUGGCGCGCUCAAGACAGGAGAGAGAUUUAUGGAUUUUGGCCAUAUACAAUGAAUUGGAAAGAUUGAAAAGAAAUUUGUAA